UUGAAGAUUUUCAAUUAGAAGUACAUAUAAGAGUUAGAAGUCUGAAGGCCAUAUAGUCUUAGUCUAUCAUCAGUAGAUGGACGAAAAGAUUGCAUUUUAUUUUCAUUUAAUACUGACCUUAAGCUAUUUUACAUAACCGGUGUCUGCAUAUAGCUCCAAGAAAGACAAUUUAUAAAAAAGGCCCCUAUUAAAAACUGUACAUACCCUUGAUUCUUAACUGUGUUACCUGAAUGAUCCACGACUGUAUUCAUGUUUUGUGAUGGUUGUCUGCCCGGAGCAGUUAAACUCUGCUGUUCUUCAGAAAGAUCCUUCAGGUACUGCACAUUCUUUCGUUUUCCAGCAUGUUUUUCAUAUUUGAAUGCUUUCCAACAAUGACUAUGAUUUUGAGACGAAGCAGCUAAUUCUUACAUGCUCCCAGAAGACAUAAUAAGUAUAAUUUACCAUUCCUCCAAUUCAAAAAGUUUACACACUCCAACUGUUAAUGCAUUGUGUUGCCUUUUUGAGCAUCAGUGUUUGUCUGUCCCACACCCCACAUGAAGUCUGGCAGCUGCAAUUUCUCUAGAGGACCUUAUGCUUUACACACCUUAUAUUCUAAAGUAUUAAAAUGAAGUUACAAAAUUUGUGUAAUCUAAUGAAAUGCGUUAAAAUGGUUUAAAGCAUGUAUUUUGUAAUCCGUAUUAAAAUACGUUUUAAAAGUAACGUUCCCAACCCAGCCAAUUACCGGGUUUUCCGAGUGUAUAGUUAAUAGUUUUAAUAAUUAAACGUUUAAAUUGAGGAACAUUGGCUUUUGCAUAAAAUACAGCUUUUGACCAUGAAAGCUGGCGCUCUGCCAAACGCAGUCUUGCGAGGAAUUCAGUAGCCUACCACUUUAUAGUUCAACAUCAAUGGUUUAAUAGAAAACAGAUGCACUGGAAACUCCACUCAGAGUGGGAUGCAAUAUAAUUGCUAGUAGGAACUCACCGUUAGCGUCAUUGUUAUUGUAUUUUAAGAAAUAAUGAUUCGGGAUUCGCUGUUUUUUGGUUUUCUAGGCUCGAUCGGAUCAGUAUUUCAUGUUUGUGUAUUAUUUUAUUACACAGUUAUGACCGUUACUUGACCAAGUUAUUUGGUUUAUAGUGUUCAGAUGUUUUAAUUGUUAUUACUCUUUGUUUUUAGCUAGUUUGUGAUGAAAGCAGAGAGCCCAUGUGUCCUCUAGUGAUGCAGGACAACUAUGACGCAGCGGUUCGACUUUAUAAAGUCCGUACGUGGCGCGGUGUAUCACCAUUAUACCAGAGCGUUUUACACGACUUUCAGGAGCAAAAUCACCAUCAGGAAUACUUUUCACGUGUUCACAUGAAUAUGCUGUGGCGUUUUCUUCCGCUCUGGAUCUUACUGGGUCGUGCAGACUCCUUUGGCGUCACAGUACCCUCCAGUCCUAUACUUGUGGUCCGUGGAGCCACGGCACUUCUUCCCUGUGAAUUUGAACCAGACCCUACCAUGGCUAAUUUGGUGAUCACAUGGCAACGGGAGGAAGAUGCACGGGUGGUCCACAGCUUCUACUACGAGAAAGACCAGCUCGAUCGUCAAAGUUCAGAUUAUGUAGACCGGACGAAGUUAAAUCGAGAGGCACUUGCUGGAGGAAAUGCAUCCCUUAGUAUAGUCAAUAUUGGACUGAAGGAUGCAGGGAACUACUUGUGCAUCGUGAGCAACAUCAAGGGAACCGACAGAGGAGUGGUGCGGUUGGUUUACGUGGCUUCCUAUUCUGAGCCGAGGUUAAGCAUCCUUCUCAAAUCCACUAAUGUGACUGUCCAGUAUGAGAUGGAGGGCUACCCGAAGCCAGAGGUCAUGUGGCUGGGGUCAGAAGGUCAGAAUCUCACUGGCGACCUGGAGGUUUCGCCUGCAUCAGACGGAGGAUUGUACUAUUUAAAAAGCAGCUACGUAACCCAGAGUCCAGUGUUCAGUGUCACAUUUACUCUGAAAAACCCUGCUGCGCAUCAGGAGCUACAGAGGCAUGUUAACCUCACCUAUGAUGGGAACACGAGCUCCAAUAAAUCAGUGGUGGUUCUGUCUGUAUUGUGUUUUUUCCUCCUGUGCUCGACGGGUCUGCUGCUAUGGUUAUACUGUCGUGAAAGGAGCAAAUGACCAUACAGGACUCAUGUAGAUCAAGAUUGACUGAAUUACUGGAAAUCGCGGGCCUGUGCGGAGCACCUUCUACUACUGCUAUUACAAACAUUAUUUUUGGGCUUGUAUUUUUAUAUUUAAAUCAAUAUUGCUGCUCUUCUUGACUUUAUGUAAUCAAUCCAGAUUUUAGAGAGAAGCACAAGAAAUCAUCAAAGUUGAAGGGUGUGAUUUUUGUUCAAUUUCAAUAAUUAUUUUCACUUGCUGUCCUAAUUUUUUCACGAGUAACUAUCCUGAGUGAAUUUCAGGCUUUUUAGAGCAGAGUGAGAAUACUAUAAUUAGAAUGUUUUACAAAAAAAAAAAUAAUAAUAAUCAUAUUUUGCCAAAUUCAUGGCCACUUUUGAAUAGACGUUUAUAGAAAUAGAUGAUUUUGGAAAACUAAAGUGACAGCAACCGUAACAUGACCAUACUAACCAGCAUAACAACACUAGCAUUAAUUUAAGGCAGGACUAUAAUUUUUUUUUUAAUAUUCUGUUUGGCACCACAGAAAUGACAUGCUUCAGCUUUAAAAAUGUCAGCUCGAUGAAGACAUCAAAAGUCAAACGUUUUUGAACAGUAAGAUGAUUUUAAAAGAAGCCUCUUAUGCUCAACAAGCCUGCAUUUAUUUAUUCCAAAAUACAGCAAAAGCAGUAAUAUUUUUACUACUUAAAACAACUGCUUUCUAUUUGGAUAGAUUUUAAAAUGUAAUUUAAUCCUGUGAUCAAACCUAAAUCUUCAGCAUCAUUACUCCAGUUUAUAGUGUCACAUGAUCCUUCAGAUAUCAUUCUAAUAUUUGGAUUUACUGUUCAAGUGAAACCUGAAAAAUUCUACUUCAAGAAAAUAAUGUUUUUUGAGCAGCAAAUCAGAAUAUUAGAAUGAUUUUUGAAGGAUCAGGGGCCUCUUUUAAAAACGUUGCACAGAAAAAAUUAUCAUUUCUCGAAUAUGCUACAUGUGAUUCAUAGAAUGAACGUAUGCAGAGAAAACGCACUUGGCAUCUCUUUCAGAUGUGAAAUCUAUGAAUCGCAAAUGAUCUUGAACUUACACGCACAUGAAUGGUUUCAGCACUCUGCUUUGUAAACAACUCCUAAUUAUGGUCAUUAACAUGCAAAAGAUUACCAGUCAUUAUCCAAAACCUAAUUUAGAACAGCCAGCUGCAAGAACAGAA